UCGCAGACCCUGUGUGUUCAGAAGCCAGUUUGUGUGGAGUGCUUGUCUGGCCUUGAAUACAAAAGCUCAUCCUCACAGGUGCAACACUGGCACACAUUGGUGUUUGUAAGGAAUCUCUUUUCUUUUCCUGUGACUGCCAACUGCAGCAGGCAUGAGGACCUGCUUGGUGUUCAUUUGCUUCCUGGUAGCAACCUUUGCCAUGUCUGUGAAGGGCAAACAUCAUGGAAGACACAGGGGAUUACAAAAGACUUCAAUCAAGGAAAAGGAUGGGAUCACGGAGGAAGAUAAUAACCCACAAGUGUCCCCCACCUUAGUCCCCUUUGACGUCAGCAGCAUGGAGAAGGAAGAUGGAGAACCAAGCUCAGAUAGUAACACCAGUGCACAGAAGAUCAAGGAAGUGAAUGGAAAGACAGACCAGAGCACGGCAGUCCUGAUGAGUGAGGAGGAACUAGUUGAUCUCCUGAAGAAAGAGUCAGAAGAAGAAGAGGAAGAUGGAGAAGUGAAAGAGUUAGAGGAUGAAGAGGCAGAUACUAGCAAGGUGCUGAAGAAAACCAAGGGUAAAGGUGAGAAGAAAAUCUCAGAGGAAAGCACAGAGGUAAAGGAUGAAGAGGAAGUGAGGGAUGAGGGCAUGGAAGAGAAAGAGAAGGAGGGGGUCAAGGAGAUGCUUCUUGAGAAAAAAGUGGAAAAUCCUGCUGGCAGAGAAGAGAAGGUGGCCUCACCAGAGGAAACAGAGAGCAGCACAGAAUCAGAGAUCAUAGCAGAUCUUGAUUAUGCUGCUGACAGUGGAGUAGUCCGACCUUUGCAAACUGUAUCAGCUGAAGUUAUCACCUCUGCUCAUGAAAUCCAGUCCAUUGCAAAAAAAGAUGCAUCCGAUGAUCAAAAUAAAGAAGAUCAUGAGGCAGAGUUCCAGCAAGACAUGCAAACCACCAGCGAUGAUGUGCACGAUGACGACACUGCAGCCAAAUCUGAAGAAAAAAGCACCAAGCAGGAAGAACCUCAAUCAAAUAUCGACCCUGGGAAAGAGGAAGAGGCAGUCAAGGAUGACAGCAAAGCUCAAACCAAGGCAAAGACAAGGAUGCAGAGGAGAAACCAGCGAGCAAGAAAGCAUUCUCCACAGAAGGAUGAGGGGCAUCCUGAGCAAACACAGAGCGAACAAGAGCCACAGGAGUCUCAGGAACCCGGCACCAGAGGCGGACUUAACAAAGCAAAGCGGAGAAGGGCAGAAAAAUGGGGUCAUUUGGUGGGACUGAAUCCAGUGCAGAUCAGAUCUUCAGUGAAUCUGCACCCUCAGUCAAAGCCAUCCGUCACAGGAGACAUAUACGUUGAAGAAAGCCUUACUGAUCCAUGUUAUAAUUUCCGUUGCAAGCGUGGAAAAACCUGUAAGCUUGAUGCAGACAACAAGCCACAUUGUGCCUGCCAAGAACCGGCAGAAUGUCCAGCCAGCACUAAUACAUUUGAUAAUGUUUGUGGAACGGACAACAGAACUUACGAUACAUCAUGCCAUCUCUUUGCUACUAAAUGUAACUUGGAUGGGACUAAGACGGGCCACAGGCUCCAUUUGGACUAUAGUGGUCCAUGCAAACUGAUACCUCCAUGUUUGGAGAAUGAACUUUCCCAGUUUCCGCUGAGAAUGAGGGACUGGCUGAAAAACGUGCUUCUGCAGUUGUAUGAGCUUGACUCCAUGUCACCUGGCUACCUCACCCCAAAACAGCGUUUCAAAGUCAAGAAAAUCUUUGAGAAUGAGCGACGCCUUCAUCCUGGUAACCACACUGUACAGCUGCUUGCACAGGACUUUGAGAAAAACUACAACAUGUACAUUUAUCCUGUCCACUGGCAGUUUGCUCAGCUGGACCAGCACCCUUCAGACAGGGUUCUGACCCACUCAGAGUUGGCACCACUCAGGGUCCCGCUGGUACCAAUGGAGCACUGCACCUCGCACUUCUUCCAGAAGUGUGAUGCUGACAAAGAUAAACAGGUUUCCUUCAAAGAGUGGACCUCCUGCUUUGGUAUCAAAAAUGAUGAUAUGGAUCCCAACUUACUUUUCUAAAAAUGGAUUCUGGACCUGUUGCCCCUCAUAAAACUGUAUAGCUGCUGGAUGAAUCAUCUUGUUCUUGUCAUGUCACAACACACAAAUUCAGACGAAAAACAUGACUGCACCUCCUGAUAUACAAAUAAUUAUUAUGGUUGUGGGUUAGGUUAAGCUUAGACAUUUACCUCGGUUAUCUGUACCCUGACUUGAGUUGCUAGGAUUGUUGUAUUACAUGCAGAAUUACCCUGUAACUCCUGACAGAUUAGUUUAAUUUUAAAUCUGUGUUUUCUCUACUUCUGUGAUUCAAAAAUGGUGCUGCUUCAUUAAACGCUGAUGUGAUCUUGUUUACUGUAGUUGACAUUAAAAGUUUCAUGGAAAACAAAAGCUUGUCUAAUAAUAGAUUUGUGUUUCAAAAUGCUCACUGAAAAAUCCACCUGGUUUGUUAAAAUGCUUUAUUGUCAUAGGUCGUUUCUGAAUGCCUCCAUGAUAUGAAUGCAAUCUGCAAUCAUGGGUUUGAAAAUGCAAGUCAUUCAUAUGUGGUGUCGGUUUGCCACUUCAUAAUGGAUAAUGGCGCUCUGUAAAGCUGCAAAGCAAAAAAUAUCUCCAAGCUUGGUCAGAGAGAUUACUCGGAUUUGUUGCUGUUCUGAUUGGAUACCUUUGGUGGAUCACUGACUCACCUGUUUUCUAUAUAAGUGAGGAAAGAAGCAGAAGAUCACCUGUUGGUAGUGUGCUGUCACAAAGCUCAAACAUGUACUGCAUACUGUGGAUUAUUUUCCAGAUUCUUGUCGUUGUGGUGCAGGCCGAUGUAUCCUCAGGGAGUGCUGAGGCUCUUGCGAAAGCAGCAGCCAAAAACAAUGGAGGAGCUGUGGGAGCAGCAGCCGCUGGCAAUGGUGUCAACGCUCAGAAUGGGGCUCCUCUCAUUGGUGAAACCAUUGCUCGCCUUCUCCAACUUGGCGGGUCUCUGUUCAUCCAGCCAGUCGGAAACCCCGGAGGCCAGGCUCCUCUGCAGCAGCUAAUUCCCCUUACAGCUCUCCAGCAAGGUGGGGCCAAUGGAAAUCUACAGGGGCAGAUGGCUGGACAACCUGGCGGGGGACCUGUGAUGGUGUUUGGUGUGCUGCCACAGAACAAUGCUGGAAUAGACCCUCGGCAAAUGCAGAUGAUUCCAGUGGCUUUGCCAGGGAACCAGCAACUUCCAGGGGGUGCGGCUGCUGCUGGGCAACCGUUAGGAAGAUUGAGAUUCCAACGUUCGGUGGCAACCCGUCUCAGGAGGACGCAGUCUCCACUGAUGAAGACAGCAGCCACCGAAGAAGAAAAAGACGAUGAAGAAGAAAGCUCUGGGAUGGACCCAGAGGAGAAGCAUCUGAAUCUAGACCACACAACUCCAAGAAGUGUCCCAUGAGUUUUGUCUGUGCUGUUCGUAAACUACAUGGAAAUUACUGUCAUCGACACAAGAAAUAAAUAAAUAAAUUGAUGAUUUCAGUU